UGACAGGAGGUGUGGUUGCAAACUAGCUCUACCAGUUUCCCAGCAGUCUGGACUGUAUAGCUGACAUAAGCUGAGUUGAGGGAGACAUUUUUUAUCCCUGGGAGUUGCUCUGAAUUCAGACAGGAGCUGAGAAUGCCUCUGAGGAAUCUUGAUUGCUACAAAUUCCUGUUUCUUACUUCACUGAACUGCUUAUAACUGAACACAUCCAUGGUGGGGUUGAAGCGUGGGCUGAAAUCCAGGGCAGCUCAUGAUGCAGCGUCAUUCAGCCCUCCAGGGACUACAGAACAAGAGAACACGUUUUGGAGAACAUUUCCCACAGGGUCACACCUUGGGCUCAAAACAGCUCUGACACCAUUCUCACCAAGGACUCUCCCUCUGAGCUUGGACCAUGAAGGACCGCACAGAGGAGCUGCGUCAGCAAAUGAAAAACAAUGAGGGACAGCAGGAGAGUAAUUACUUCACUCAAGAUGAAGAGGAUGACCCAGUGUCUUCUGUCGGCCUGCAGGCUGUGGUGUUUGAGGCUGAGCCUGUGCUGGAGAACUUCCUGGAGGAGGCCAAGCGUGUACGGGACGGCCUUGAAGAGCUGGAGGCCGAAGUGAAAAAGUUUAGCCAGCAGCAAAGGAACCUGGUGGCCACCAUGCGGCGCCUCAGCGUCAUGAAGAAGGAGAGCAGCAUCACACGGGACAUCAAGCUGCAGGCAGAGAGCCUGCGCAAGAAGCUAGAUGCCCUCUCCAAGCAGGCCAAGCGCUCUGAAGCUGAACUGGGCCCGUCGGCUGCUACGGCCCGCAUCCAGCAGGCCCAGCAUGCCGCGCUCUUCCGCCAGUUCCAGAACGUUAUGCGGCAAUACAAUGACUCGCUUCUCAGCAAGCAAGACAAGUGCAAGCAGUUCAUCAUUCGCCAAUUGGAAGUGUCUGGUCGAGAAGUUUCAGAAGAAGAAGUGGAGAACAUGGUGGAGCAGGGCAAGUGGGAUGUCUUCAACGAGAACAUCCUGCUGGAUCUCAAGAUCACUCGCACGCAGCUGUCUGAGAUAGAACAGCGCCACAAAGAGCUGCUCACCCUGGAGAGCAACAUGAAGGACCUGAGGGACCUCUUUUUAGAUGUGUUCAUGCUUGUGGAAGAGCAAGGAGCACAAAUUGACAACAUCCAGGCAAACGUAGAGAAGACCCAGGACUAUGUAAUGGCCACUAAUGAGAAAUUUAAAAUGGCUUCCAGAUACAAGAAAAAUAACCCUCUUAGAAGACUCUGCUGCUGCUGCUGCCCUUGGAGAUGCCGGUAGCGUAAUAAAAGCAAGGUACAAUGGCUCAGUCUGAGUAAAUCCAGAAGGUAUCAAUGGAAUUUAUAAAGUUAUGGCCAAUGUCUGUGAUAAAAAGCAGUGCCUCAGUCAACUAUGAGUCACUGCAGCAGCAAGAAUGUAAGGCUGUGAGAGCUUUGUGUGGUACUGAUAUGUAGAUAAUCACAUAAAAGUCUCAUGAGGUACUAUGAAAAAUGCAUAGCUGAAUACAAAUGAUCAUAUUUAUUAAUAUAUUUAUUCUAAGAGAGGUCUGUUUUAUUUCUACACUAAGCUACUUCAAUGAGGUCAAGCUCAUUUCACUUUCCGUUCUAAUUCUAAUGGAUUGUAGUGCUGUACAAUAUGCUAAUUCUUAAUUGUCAUUGCAAUUAUGAUACUGAUAUAGUGGAUGGCUGUGAUCUGUAAAUGAGCCCUCUAACCAUUCAUUAAAUUGUCUGUCUCCUCGAUCAGACUCAGAUGUUCCAAAUUAGCAUUUUGACAAAGUCUUUCACGUCAUCCAGGACACGUAAUUUGGGCAAACUAAUGCUGGCCAAUCUUUAAGGCGGUAUGAUGUUUUAUCCUGAACAUGCAUCCCUAAUAUGGUGUUUAUUUUUCAGUCAAAACGGCCAUAAAGUACAAGUAACUAAGAAAA